AUGUCGGCGUCGAAGGUACUUCUUGCUGAUGGGACGGAAAGCGUUUUGAGCCGAGGCGAGGCGUACUGUAGUUUGGCGCGCAUCAGCAACACUGUUUGGGCUCUGCGUUCAUGCGGAGAGUACGUCGACGCGCUUGAUUUCCAUGACGGGGAAGUGCUGGACUCGGUGCGCCUGCCCGAGCGAUGCGGAACGAUUCGGACUGCCGCGAAUAAAUUAUGGCUUCUCACACACACUGGCCACAUCAUCGUUUGUGACGCGAGUGGUGUGUUGAUCGGCGUGCUUAAUGCGGGCGUGGGACAAAUCGAAAAGUUGCACUCCUUCGCGAGCUGCCCUUUGUUUUUUGCGACAAGCCAAAAAGGUGCCUUCCAGACCUGGAAUUUGGAACAACUCGCGGUGCAACGUGUGUUCCCGUGUGAGGGCGCCGACAUUCUUGUGGUCCUCCCCGUUAACUCCGAGGGGUUAUUACUGACGCUACAGGAGGACCGCGUGGCACUCUGGGGCGAGGAAGUCUCUUGUCCUGUGUGUGUGCACCCCGUAGAGUCUGCUGCCGCGGCUGUGCUUGUGAGCGCAGAAAGUGAGGCGGCACAUGCCGACACCUGCUGGGUAGGGGGAAAGCAAUGGAUAACUGUAUUUCGUAUGGUGAAGAACCCUACGGGUAGGCUGGCUCUCAAAAAGGAGCGACUAAUUCCAUGCGCAAGGGUGCAACAGCUCGUGUCAAUUUCCUUAACGCGCGUCGUGUCGUUUGACGCAGAGUUUUUAGUAACAGUCUGGGAUUCCUGCAGCUGCGCACCUGUAAGGCUUUUCAAGGUUGACUCCGCGAUGGGCAUCGGGCGUGAUGCUGUUGUGCCUGGCCUUUUUUUUACCGGCGUUGCUCGUGUGGCGAACCUUUGGAUCCUGUGUGGGAACUUGCGCCUUUCAUGGGCAGAUCAGGGGGUGGGCGAUGAGGAAAUACAGCCAGUUGCCUCGGGGAUGGCGACAUCUACGGUGCUUCGGGGCGAGAACGCACACCUACGCAAGAAGAAUGCCUGUCUGUUCGAAAUGAUGGACACGUAUCGUCAAAAGCUAGUGGAGAUUGCCUCUAGCCCCACCAGUGACAGGGCGAGCAUGGCCGCAACGAUGCUUGCGCUGGACAGGUGCUUUGCUGAGCAAGUGUCGGCGCUCCGGGCGGAGGACGAUACACCGCAUCGUAUGAGUGGGCAACUAGGUCUGAGGGACCAGGUAGAGUACUGGCAGGAAAAGUAUAAGGUGGAGAAGGAGCGCAACGGGCUACUGUUGUGUGAUCUUCGUUUGGCCGUGGAUCGCCUGAAAGAAGGUGGUUCUGACUCGACGCUUAACGCGCAGCUGGCCCACCUUUUGGCCCUAAAUACCGCUUCUCAGGCGCGGGAGCGUGAGCUUCGUAGCCGCUUGCUUGAGUUGGAGGCACGGCUGCACCAGCUAGACAAGGUGGGGGGCGGCGGUGUCUGUCGCCCGCACGAUUCGCAGGAAGACAGUCGCCGUCAACACACCCGCGUCCAUGAACUCCAGCAGGAGCUCCAAUCUGCGCUGGAGGCCAGCGAGGAGGCUGCGACGGCGCAGCGAGAGAUCUUAAACCUAACCGGUGUGCUGGAGGUAUUGGAGAAGUCCCUGCAGGAGGAACGUGGCAAGGUUGUCACCCUCACUAGGCAUAUAUCUAUGCUGGAGCGAAAGGACGAAAAACUGUUUCAUACGCUAACUUACCUCCAAGAGGAGCUCAAUAAGGCACAUCGGGAAAAGGACGAAUGCAUCGAAGUAUUGAAGAGAGAUCGACUUGAAGCCGACGAGAAUGAAAGAAGAGCAUCUUUGGCGCUUGCAGAAACUCGAGAGCAGUUGCAUUUGUUGUGCCAAGAGAUGGCGAAGGUGGAAAACGACAGGCACCUGGCGUCAGCGGUUUCUCUGCGGGACACCGAGAUUGAGGGGCUUAAGAGGCAAUUGGAGUGCGUAAAAGGGAUGCUUUCAAUGCGGCACGAGGAGCGCCGUGCAGUUAGCACCGCAUAUGAUUCAAUGGUGGACAUUAUACAGUCAAUGGGGCAAGAAUCUCCGUUAACGCUACUUGUGAAGAGGCUAGAGGAUAUUGAUACACGCUUGGGCCAUCUGAGCUCUUCGGCACUAGCGUGCAUGGAGAGGGAUGAUCAGCUCGCUGUAAGAGACGAUGAAAUCCGUGUUUUGAGGAAUCGUGUGCAGUCGUUGGAAGACAGUGCACUGCGUGUUUCGUCGCUGUUUAAGCACAUUCCUUACAGCGUGGAAGGUGUCGAAUCGCUGCUGCUGGAGCUAAACGAGUACCGGCAACGCUACGGUAGGAGUGAAGAAAUUGAGGAGCUGGUGGCCUUGCGCUUGUUGGAGUUGGCGGCGGCACGCGACGGCGACAACUCCGCGGAGGAAUCGUAG